UUGUCGUUCUGCGUACACCACGAUCUGAACCGUCCGUUUUCCUAUGGACGGCUACGACGAAACGUCGAUUCCAACCUCCAAUACCACUCUCACCGGCGGUGGCCUUCCGGCCUCCCCGCCGCCGUGUCCGCGUCGGGCGUCGGCUACCUCACCGGCGACCGGUGACCGGCGGCCGUGUGCCCGGAGGAGGGGGAAUGUGGAGGCUAUCUUGCCUCUUCCAGGAGUAUCAUGUAUCUCCAGAUGCAUUCUGCAGAUCGAAGGUUGGGGCCUAGCUUGCAGUUGCAGAUGGUCUGAAGGCUACAAAUAUUUGUUGCCCACGAACUGUUUGAUAGAAUGCCGAGGAGGAAACCGACCCUUUGCUUCUGCCUUGGAUGCGUGCGGCCGGGGAUCAUGUCGGAGGGAGCGAUGGGAAGAACUUCCAUCAUGGAGAAGAAGGAGGCGGCGUUGAAGGAGUUGGAGCCCCUCCUUGAGAGUGUCUCUAAGCUGCUGAAGAGUGGACGCUUCACCGACGCCCACGAAAGGCACGGUUUGGCGUUCCUGGAGAUGGAACUGGGCGCCAUUGUCGCAUACCUGAGGAUGCCGAUGUCGCCUUCCAUUGGGGAUCAUGAUGAUGGUGCCCAUUAUGACCUGAUGACCUGGAUGAGUGUUCUGAUCGGAGUGCGGAAUACGGUCACGGCUAUCGUGAAAUUUCUAUCUAAUCAGCCUUGCGUGCCGCUGCGAAAAGCCACGCGGCGCUUCCGCCGCCGAAGGUCAUUCGGCUAUGACAUUCCGCGGAAGGUAUACCCUCUCUACCUUGUGUUCAAUGGUCUACGCUCUGAGCUCAUGCCAUCACCGCCUCAAGCAGCCCAAGUCGAGGCCUGUACCGUCCAUGAUCAUCUUGUUGCCAUCGACGGCACGGCAAACGAGCUGCUCGGAUGGCUCAUGGCCGCCGACGAGAGCCUCCGGGUCAUGGCCAUUGCUGGACCUGCCGGCAUUGGCAAGACCACUCUUGCCAUGGAGCUCCACCGUCGACUCCGGUGCCAAACUCAUUUCCAGUGCCACAUUGUGGCUAACUUCUCCCGGAGGCCUCACGGGAGCAAGCUUGUUCCUCAAACCAUCCUGAAGCAGAUCAUAGAGCAACUGGAGGCACCAUCAUCACCAAACAGCUCAGAAAUCACGAUGUUGGGGGACGACCUGGAGCUGUUGGCUCGCAACAUAUCAGAACGCCUCAAGGAUAAGAGAUACUUCGCUUUGAUCGAUAAUAUAUUCAACGAAUCAGAUUUGGAAUUGAUCAAGGGUGCAUUUCCUAAUAAUAACUGUGGUAGCAGAAUAUUGUUUACGGCUGGCGAUGAGCGGAUAGCAGGGUGGUGUUUGUCAAAUUAUAAUGGGAUUGUGCAUAAGAUGAAGCCUCUGAGUCACUCAGAUUCAGAGAAGCUGCUCCACAUAAAAGCUUUUGGUUCCAUGGACGAUUGCCCUCCAGAAAAUCUGAAGCUAUUAUGUGAUGAAAUAUUGAUGAAAUGUAGAGGAAUACCAUCGUUCAUAACUGGUAUGGCUGAUUGGUUGAAACAACAUCAACAGCAACACGGCAGCUCAGCAAUUCCUAGGGUGGAAGAAGUACGCCUGCUGCUGAAACAGUUUGAACACUGGCUAUCAUUUGAUUACAGUGAUGAGUUGAGACAAUCGUUACUCUACCUAAGCAUGUUGCCACAGGGAUAUGUGUUUGAGAAGGAUCGUCUUGUCAUGAAAUGGCUAGACGAAGGGCUGUUGUCUGAGUUGCAUUUCUCUGAGAUGGUUGACAGGAAUAUAAUCACCCCAGCAGCAAGGAACUGUGGACACAAUCUUGAUGAAGAUGACUUGUGCCUGUGGCAGGUCAAUCCUUUCAUACUGAGGUUUCUUGCUUACAGAGCAGCAGAGAAGGGUUAUGUCAUUACCAGCGCAACUCUCAACUCAGCACCAAGAGGUGGUGGCAAGAACACUCGGAUAGCACGUCGUCUAGCUCUCCACCAUCCCGAUCCACAGCUCCCAGAAAUGCUGCAAGAAAUGGAUUUGUCUCAUACUCGUUCACUACUCAUAUCUGGUGCAGUCAACAGAACAACAGUCCCUCUAGACAAGUUUGGAUAUCUGGUGUCGUUGGAUCUUCAAGGCUGGGAGAAUUUGAAGGAUGAGGACCUACUGCAGAUAUGCAAAAUGCUUGUGCUGAGUUAUCUGAGCGUCAGUAACACAAAGGUCAGCAAGCUCCCACCACAAAUCAAAGAGCUGCGCACCCUGAAUGCAUUGGACAUCAGCCACACCCACAUAAGUGAGAUCCCAUCAGAAGUGUGCGAGCCAGGAUCUUUGCGGAUGCUGGACCUAAGAGGCACACAAAUAAAGCACAUGCCAGAGCAAAUUGUGCGGCUAAAAAUGUUGAAACAUUUUCUCAUUGAUUUAAGUGAAUUCUCCGAAAGGUCAGUAAAGUAUCUCGGUGAUCUACACGACUUGAAGAUCCUCGCAAUAACAUGGGCCUUUCACCAGUGCAAUGACAAAGCCUACCAACAAGCCCUAUUGUCAUCCUUAGGAAAAUGGAGGCAACUUAAGUCCUUAACCAUUCAUUGUGGGCUCGGUUGUUCCAUGGAGUUCCUGCGUUCUCUAAGUGAUCCACCUAAAUUUCUUGAUGAAUUUAAAGUAACAGCCGGAAAAUUCGCCAAUGUUCCCCAAUGGAUUGAAGGGCUCGAGCAUCUUACUUUCUUGCAGAUCACGGUCUGUAAACAAGUGGCAGGUGAUGUGAAGAUCCUCGCGGGCUUGGUCAAAUUACAGCGCCUGAUACUAGGCUUGGAGUUCAUUCCUGAAGAAGCUAUAGUGAUUGAGAGCAAAGGGUUCAAAGAACUAGAGAAAUUCUCCCUUGAUUGCCCUGUCCCACGGCUGACCUUCGAAGAAGAGGCUAUGCCGAAGCUCACAUAUCUGCGACUGAAUUUGCACACAUCCCCUAUGAGCGAGAUGAGUGUUCCUUCAGGUAUCGGAAACCUUAAAAUGCUUUCAGAGGUAGCUCUUUGCUACAACGUACGGUACAUGAACAGCCCCAAUAUUAAGAGGAAAGUAGAGGCAGUGAGCAAGGAGGUCGCCAAGCAUCGCAACCCUAUUGACCUUUUCAUCAGAGGCAUGCAAAUAGAAGUUAAUCAAGCUGGUGAGGAGGAGGCAGAGGGUGCAACAAGAUUCAACCAAGUCAAUUCGCCGGAGGAUGUUGUUCAGGCAGCAGAUGAAGCGGCACCGAGGAGAGAAACAGAGUUUCAGAGCGAGAUAGAAGAUGAAGGUGAAACAGAGUGCCAUGCCUAGCUCCUAUUGAAAAGGGAAUGACGUCCUCCUCUCCUGACUCCUGAGGUGAGAGAGAUGUCAAAAGACAAUAGGACAGCCUGCGUUGCUUCAGCUCGUUCAGGAGCAGACAGCAGGAACAAGCUUCUGUACUGUUGUUGGCAAAUGGCAAUGCAUCUCACAGAGCGGUGAGAUAAUAACUCUUACAUCUCAUGGUCGCUUCUGUAUUGUUGUUGGUCGCUGUGUAUAUAUGUAAUUACAUAUGAUCAGGAGCAAACUGUGUAUAUGUAAUUUUUAUUUGUGUGUCGCUGUGUUCGUUCAAAGUUGAUUCUGCGAGUAAUACUAUUGUUUCGGAGCUGUAUGCUGCAGAUUGCGUGUGUAAUAAGUCAAUAAUCUGUAACAGAUUCCUGUGUUAUUGUGAUUUGCUAUACAUUGGACGUCCGGGACAAUAAUAGCAGCCUGCAGACAAGAACA